AUGGGAACCCGGAAAAAUUGCUACCGGGAAGAGAAGUUCAAGAAAAUUCUCGAUAAAAAGCCAAAAUAUCGAAAUACACGGCCAAAUAUUCUAAUCAAUGAGAAUACGACGAUUUUGGAUAUGGAAAAUGUGAGUUUUCGGGGAAAAAACGUUAAAAAACCAAAAAAGUGAUUCACAAACGGUAUUUUUAUUCAUCAUUUCACCAUUUUCUUAACACAUUGAAUAAAGUGAAGCUAAAACGCACAGAAAUGCUAUUUCAAAACCUUCUAAUCAGCCUAAAAGACAAAUCAACAUUUUCGAAAAUCAAAAAUUUGAUUUUGAAGGCUUAGAAGGUCUUGAAAUAGCAUUUCUGUGCGUUUUACAUUCACUUUUUUCAAUGUGUUAAGAAAAUGGUGAAAAAAUGAAUAAAAAUACCGUUCUUGAAUCACCCUGUAUGUUUUUUUCUUCAAAAUUGAAUUUCUACAGGUUGAAAAAUGCUGUUAUGAAAGGCAUUGCCUUCACGACUGUGGAUUUGGCUCGAACUACAUCGAGGACAGUUAUUUUGGAAGAAAAAUGCCAGACAACCUGCCCCAAUUGAUACAAAAAUAUUAUUCUUUCUUCAAAGUGAGUUUUUUUUGAGGAAAAAUUAGUUUUUUUCACCAAAAAUCUGAGGUUUUCAGGUUUUCAACAAAACGGAAAUCGAUCAAUUGAUGGAUGAUUCGGCUGAUGAUAUAGUAAUUGAGCAUUGGGAAAUAAAAUUGUUGGAAUUGUCGGAUAAUCGAGGGAAAAUCGAGAGGAAGCAAAGAUUUGCAGAAGAAAGGAAGAAGAGGGAUGAAGAUGUUUGA